GGUCAUCUCGCGACACAUCGACGACUCCGUACGUAGGCUCAGUAACUAGCUCGCAGCCAUGGAUCUGUCCCGAGACUGUGGGAACGGUUCGAAGUCAAGAUAAGGCUAGGGUGUGCCGCUGCAGCCGGCUGGCGUGGGAGAGAUAGCGAUGCGAGACGCCUCAAAUGGUUGUCGCAAAGUGACGAAGCUCGCCCAUUCAUCAUCCUCUUCUCCUCCUUGUGACCUAUCCGCGCCAUGUCGAGCAGCAGCCACGAUGCCAAGGCAACCGCAACGGACAGCCCUUACCAUCCUCCAGCCGGCGCUACCACCACUCCUCGUGCGUCAGUACCUCGCUCACUACGCGACCGCGCUGCCUCCCUCACGCAUCGAGAUACCUGGCUGGGCGACUACGAUUGGUCGUCUCUCUUCAAGCUGCGAUGGAACCCUUACUCACGGCAGAAGAAUGCAGCGACCGAGACUCCCUUUUACGGGCUCGAUGACAACCUUCCUAUCCUGCUCGCAGCCGUAGCUGGGCUACAGCACGCUCUAGCCAUGCUGGCAGGGCUGAUCACACCACCCGUCAUCCUCUCGUCCGCCUUGGCCCUGCCUGCAGACCAGCAGGCAUAUCUCGUCUCUGCCUCGCUCAUCUCAGCAGGCAUCCUCUCCGCCGUACAGAUGAGUCGCAUACCCCUCUUCAAGGGCUAUCAGCUCGGGACGGGCUUGCUCAGCGUCGUGGGGACCAGCUUCGCAACUUUGUCCACAGCGAGUGCGAUCAUUGAGCACAUGUACGGCAAUGGCACCUGUCGUACAGAAGGCGGGGUCAAGCAAGCCUGCCCAGAGGCGUACGGCUACAUUCUGGGCACUGCAGCGCUUUGCUCCCUCCUGGAGAUGGGCCUCUCCUUUGUGCCUGUGCGACUAAUCAAGCGCGCCCUUCCUCCUAUCAUCACCGGUCCAGUCGUCUUCCUCAUUGGCGUCUCGCUGAUCAAGAGCUCAGGCUUUCCUGACUGGGGUGGUGGAAGUGCCUGUGGGCCCGACCCAGUCGCGAGCUGUUUCGACCCUCACGGAUAUCAGUGGGGGUCAGGGCGAUACAUUGGUCUGGGCUUCUUGUCGUUCAUGACAGUGGUGCUGGUCGAAAUUUUCGGCUCGCCUGCGAUGCGGAAUGCCUCGAUCGUGCUAGGAUUGCUCCUGCCGCUCAUCGUGGCGGGGCCUACCGGCUACAUCUCCCGGACCAAUAUCGAUGCCGCUAAGCCGAUCACCUUUCUCUGGGUACACACUUUCCCCCUCAAGAUCUACGCGCCGGCCAUUCUACCCCUGUUGGCCGUUUAUCUCUCGCUCAUGUGCGAGGCUAUUGGAGACAUCACGGCGACGAGCGAGGUCUCGCGCCUGUCGGUAACAUCACGUCAGUUCGACAAACGUAUCCAAGGCGGCGUGCUGUCAGAUGGGCUAGGCGGGCUCCUCUCGUCACUCUUCACCAUCACGCCUAUGUCGGUGUUCGCGCAGAACAAUGGCGUCAUCAGCAUAACGCGCAUCGCAAACCGCCGAGCAGGCUACUGGUGCUGCGUCUGGCUGAUCAUCUUCGGUGUCCUCGGCAAGAUCUCCGGCGCGAUCCUCUCGAUCCCCAAACCCGUCCUUGGAGGCGUGACGACCAUCCUCUUCAGCAGCGUAGCUGUCUCCGGUCUUCGCAUCAUUUCCUCUGUCCGCUUUACAAGGCGAGCGCGCUUCCUGCUCACACUGAGCGCCGGUGUCGGGCUAGGCAACUUGCUCGUCCCGACGUGGUUUGGAAGCGUGUUCACCUACCCUGCGAACGGGCCAAAUGCGGCUCUCAGGGGAUUCAUGGACUCGAUUGAGAUUAUUGUAGAGACGCCAUUUGUCAUCUGUGCUGUUGUAGGGCUGGUGGCGAACGCGAUCCUCCCUCUGGAGGAGGAAGAUCCGACCACGAGGCGAAGGGCGGCAGCGCUCACUCGUGAUAGCAUUGUAAAUACUAGCCGGUCGUUCAGCUCCCCGUGUCGACGCUGAAAGCGCGUCGUGUCUGAGCGCGACCCUUAUCUUCAAAGCUCGCACUCUGAGAAAGUGGGGUCGUUGUCU